GUAAAUAGAUGUAAAGAAAUCAUGAAGUUAGAAAAGAUUAAAUACAUAACACAUAAAUGCCAUGGAUUACUUGAAUGACCACAGUACUGCGCAAAGGAAAAGUAUUUCCAAUUCGGCCAAAUUUCUAAUAGCUGCAACCGGUGGCGUUGGCAUUGGUUUAACUGUCGUCUGUGCGUCUUUUGUGGCGCCUGCUUUUCGUAGAAUAUGUCUUCCAUAUGUUCCCGCCACCAAUGAGCAGGUUAGGAAUGUGCUUAACUUCUUACCUAAGAACUCACAAAGCAAGUUAUUAGACAUAGGAUCUGGUGAUGGGCGCAUAGUUGUGGCGGCGGCUAAAAAUGGCAUAAAUGCAGAUGGUGUUGAACUCAAUCCUUGGUUGGUAUGGUAUUCGCGUUUAUCAGCGCUACGACAAGGUGUCCAUAAUAAAACACAUUUUUAUAGACGUGAUUUGUGGAAAUAUAGCGUGGCACCAUAUGAAUAUGUUGUCAUAUUUGGUGUGGAACAGAUGAUGCAGGAUUUGGAAACGAAGCUAAUUGCGGAGUCAUCAAUAAAUGCCAAAAUUAUCGCAUGCAGAUUUCCACUGCCGAACUUGCAACCACAACGUAUUAUUGAUGAAGGUGUUAAUACUGUUUGGUUUUAUGAUUUGGAUAAAGCCAAGUCAGCCAACGAAAAAAUAUAGAUUAAAUUAAAAACGCGUUAA